GUAGUGAAGGGAAGGGCGCGCGUCAUAACAAGGUUACUGUGUGGUAGUGUCCUUAGCGUGUUCCUAGGUGAAAUUAAAGUCGAGUGGCUGUGUACGCGUUCCGCAACGUGGUCAUUUAUUUUAUUCUCGUCUUUUGAAGCUGGAAUAAUAUGGCCCCUACAAAGGUCUCAAUUGUCGGCUCAGGUAACUGGGGCUCUGCAAUUGCUCGGAUCAUUGGCAACAAUGUGAAGAAGUUCGACACGUUUGACCACAACGUGAGGAUGUAUGUGUUCGAGGAGAUCAUAAAUGGUCAGAAGCUUACAGAGAUUAUCAAUACCCAGCACGAAAAUGUAAAGUACCUGCCGGGCUACAAGAUCCCGGACAAUGUUGUGGCGGUGCCAGACAUUGUGCAGGCUUGCGAAGACUCUGACAUUCUCGUACUUGUGCUGCCGCAUAAAUUCCUAGUCCCCACAUGCAAGCCUCUUGUUGGGAAGGUGAAAAAGGGAGCGAUCGGACUGUCCUUGGUUAAGGGCUUUGACAUUGCUCCUGGUGGAGGAGGCAUCGAGCUUAUUUCUAACGUAAUCAAGAAAUUGCUGGAUAUCGACGUCUGUGUUCUCAUGGGAGCAAACCUUGCUGGAGAAGUUGCAGACGAGAAGUUUUGCGAGACUACCGUCGGUUGUCAUAAUAAGGAAUGUGGACUAACUUUGAAAAAGCUUAUACAGACGGAAUACUUCAGAGUGACCAUAGUGGAUGACAUCGCCACUGUAGAAGCCUGUGGUGCACUUAAGAACAUAGUUGCUGUUGGAGCAGGAUUCAUCGAUGGCCUGGGAUACGGGGACAACACAAAGGCAGCUGUGAUCCGUCUGGGACUCAAAGAGAUGAUUGCGUUUACGGAGACCUUCUAUCCUGGAGCUCAGCUCAGCACCUUCUUUGAGAGUUGUGGAGUUGCAGACCUUGUGACUACUUGCUAUGGCGGACGCAACCGAAGAGUUGGUGAAGCAUUUGCUAAAUCGAAUAAGUCUAUUGAGGAGCUUGAGAAAGAGCUUCUCAACGGGCAGCGACUUCAAGGCCCAGAAACUGCAGAGGAAGUAUACACAAUGUUGAAGAACAGAGACAUGCUUGAUAGGUUCCCUCUCUUUGUUGCCAUCCACCGAAUAUGCACGCGAGAGAUCCCGCCCACUGAAAUGAUUGAUUGCAUAAGGAAUCACCCCGAACACAUGUCACCAGAGCAUGCAUUUCCCUGCCGUUUGUAAGUGCUUUGAUGAAGAAGCAUUACUCCAGGAGUUGCACAUACACAAGGCAGCCUUACAAAACCAUAUAUUCACCUAAAUCCCAUGAGGAUUCCCAGAAGUAAUGUGUUUAUCACAACUGCAAAAUUGUGCCAUAUACAUCUUUUUUUUUUAUCAACAAAGUGCCCUAAACUAUGCACUUGCCUUCUGCUGCCCUGUACCACACUUCAGGAACAGGAAUGGGACACUUAAAAUAUGCCUUGUAUGCUCAAUGUGGUGCUCACCAAUACUGCUGGAGACACAAAGCUCCUAGCUGCGGGUUUGCCACUGAUCUGGUGCAGAGGAUACUGUCACUCGGGCUGUUAAAUGAUGGCAUGGACUGUGAUGGAAAUAGUAUCUCAAAAUUGUACUUAAGUACAGUCAUUGAAGUGCUCAUCAAGCUGGUAAUCACUAAGUGAAAAAAAAGAAAGAAAAGUACCAACCAAGUACCCAGAACUGUGUUUCGAUUCGCACUCUCAGGAGCGCUAGUUGCGAACCGUGGUUAGCUUGCUGAUUUACUCAUUCACACAGAAUGAAACAGACUCAGUAGUUUGUAUCAAUGUGCAUGGCUGCAAUGAGCUGUGCUAGCAGACAGUACUAUUAUUGGUAUCCAGAUACAUUGCAUGCAGCAUAAGAAUUGCUUUUGGAGAUCAAAGGGGCAAGCCAGUGGAGGCUGUAUGUUUUCAGGUGUGUCCUAACGCCUUUAUACAUACCAAAUGCUUCCUUAAAGAAAAUGCUGAAGAUGAACAGGCUUUGAGUUAGCGGCAAAAUUGUAAAACAUGAUUUUAAACAUUCCCUUUCGUACCUGCCCUCUCCCCCUUCAUAGCAAUACAAAACAUUAUUAGUUACUCGCUGUGAAAUAGAAUGAUCCUUGCACAUCGCAACCACUAUAGAAAAUAAGUACAAUACAAAAAAAUCAAGAAGAUACAUGUUAUUCAGGGCAUGAGAAAACUAGAAACAAAAGUUGCUGUUUAUAAGAUUAAAUGCAUCACAAACGAUUUAACUAGUUGGUUUCGUAUUAAAUGUGCUGGUUCUUAUGACUUGCGCUUGCGAACACUCAAAGCCAAAAUCUUGUCAACAGAAUGCUUUCUUUUAAUAUUAAGUUUGUAAGUGCUUUGAUGAAGAAGCAAUACUCCAGGAGUUGCACAUACACAAGGCAGCCUUACUAAACCAUAUAUUCACCUAAAUCCCAUGAGGAUUCCCAAAAGUAAUGUGUUUAUAACAACUGCAAAAUUGUGCCAUAUACAUCUUUUUUUUUUUUUAUCAACAAAGUGCCCUAAACUAUGCGCUUGCCUUCUGCUGUCCUGUACCACACUUCAGGAACAGGAAUGGGACACUUAAAAUAUGCCUUGUAUGCUCAGUGUGGUGCUCACCAAUACUGCUGGAGACACAAAGCUCCUAGCUGCAGGUUUGCCACUGAUCUGGUGCAGAGGAUACUGUCACUCGGGCUGUUAAAUGAUGGCAUGGACUGUGAUGGAAAUAGUAUCUCAAAAUCGUACUUAAGUACAGUCAUUGAAGUGCUCAUGAAGCUGGUAAUCACUAAGUGAAAAAAAAAAGAAAAGUACCAACCAAGUACCCAGAAUUGUUUCGAUUGGCACUUUCAGGAGCGCUAGUUGCGAACCGUGGCUAGCUUGCUGCUCACUCAUUAACACAGAAUGAAACAGACUCAGUAGUUUGUAUCAAUGUGCAUGGCUGCAAUGAGCUGUGCUAGCAGACAGUACUAUUACUGGUAUCCAGAUACAUUGCACGCAGCAUAAGAAUUGCUUUUGGAGAUCAAAGGGGCAAGCCAGUGGAGGCUAUAUGUUUGCAGGUGUGUCCUUACGCCUUUAUACAUACCAAACGCUUCCUUAAAGAAAAUGCUGAAGAUGAAUAGUAUGCACAUACAAAUCUUCCUUCGUUUCGUGGCUUUGAGUUAGCGGCAAAAUUGUAAAACAUAAUUUUAAACGUUCCCUUUCGUACCUGCCCUCUCCCCCUUCAUAGUAAUACAAAACCUUAUUAGUUACUCGCUGUGAAAUAGAAUGAUCCUUGCACAUCAUAACUACAGUCAAACUCCUUUACAACGAAGCUCAGGGGACAGCAAAAACAGUUCGCAGUAAAGGUAUUUUCGUUAAAAAGGAUGUCCAUUAUUGGACCUAUAGGCUCCAGCGGGACCGCAAAAAAUUUCGCUGUAGUGGUAUUUUCGUUAAAAAGGUGUUCGCUAUAAAGGAGUUUGACUGUACUAUAGAAAAUAAGUACAAUACAAAAAAAUUUAGAAGAUACAUGCUAUUCAGAGCAUGAGAAAACUACAAACACAAGUUGCUGUUUAUAACAUUAAAUGCAUCACAAAAGCUUUAACUAGUUGGUUUCGUAUUAAACGUGCUGGUUCUUAUGUCUUGCGCUUGCGAACACUCAAAGCCAAAAUCUUGUCAACAGAAUGCUUUCUUUUAAUAUUAUUGGUUGGGUACUUCAGUACUUGACAAGAGGGAUUAGAAUAGUUCUUGUAAGUAUUUUAAGUGCUUAAGCAUUUGAACCCACUGUUUGAAGUGUAUCGUAAGCAGAGCUCUCGCGAGGUGAGUUUGUGCCCGGGGCAGGGCAAAUCUGAAGCCCCCCUCCCUCCCUCACUGCCGUCAGAAGCCUUGUAAACAAAGAAAAGAAAACGCCCAUUCACACUGCCUAGUCCAUAAAUUCGAAUUCUCUUCAUUCCUACUUCAUACUGUCCAACCAACCUGCCAGGGCUUGCCGUUCGGCGCCCUCUCUAGCGAGGGCGCCCGGGGCGGCUGCCCCUCUCGCACCCCCCUCGCUUGGGCUCUGAUCGUAUGCAAAGCACAAGUACUCAGAAAUGUACUUAAAGUAGUAGUAAAGUCCUUUCGGCUGUUUUUUCAAGUUACAGAAUGGGGUAAAAUUGUACUACUGUAUCCACUGAACAAAACUCAGUAAAGCAGGUGGGAGAGCAUUCAGCAUGGAGACCAGCGUCCAGUUAGCUCUCCUACUGCAAAGCCCAUUACAAAUUGAAAAAUUGUGGGUGGAUUGCAAGGCUUGUGAUUGAAACUCCUGUAAGCUUGCACAAAGUGAUAAUUUCUAAGUCUGACAAGUACAGUAUUAACUGAGAUCGUUUCGAGCAAAUGCUGCCACUUUGAAACUGCAAGCCCUGUAAUAGCGUACGAGCUUGCUUGUAUCGAGUGGUCUGGAUACCUGAGCAAUACAGGCUUCAUCUUCAAUGGAUAUCUGAGCAACGUGGUGUCAACUUGUGCUGCUUUCAGUACCCUGGUACAUUCUCUGAAAUAUGGUGCUGCUUCCUGGCUAUGUGUAACAUGUUUAGUGCCACCAGAAAAAAAACUUCGGGGAGGGGGGGCUCUCUCCAUUGGGGAUGUCUGUGACAUUUUGGACAUAUAACUUAUUUUGGUGGCUUUUAAUUUAAUGUAGUCAGUUUUAUUAAUUAGUACAUAAUUAAUCACUAGCAGGUCAAAUUAAUUUAACCCUACAUGAAACUGUAAAGCCAAAAUAUUCCAUUAAAUUCCUCAAGCGUCAGCAACAUAAUACAAAUUCUGCAUCAAAAUAUCCACCUGAGUGUGUUCAUGCAUGGGCAAGUUCUGCUUGCAAAAAAGUCUGAGGAGGAGGUUGAUGUAAAGAAUUCAUUGUAGCUACGGGCCAAGUGAUAGUAAAUGACUACUUGACAUAUUAAGGUGUGGUUAGCAAAGUAUCAUUUUAAUACACCUUUGCCACCUUGUGAGAUUGUAUUCUUGCAAUCUGAGCUUUAGUACAAAGUUGAUUUGGAAAUUUGCUAGUCAAGUGCGGUGCUUCUAUUUCUUCCAGACACAUAAGUCGUCUGCCCCAUUCCACCUAAGGGCCAUUGCUUAGUCACUAAAAAGAAACUCUACGCUUGAAUAUGUGUGCCUCCUUGUCAGUUUAGCGAAAGAUGCAUGGCUCGGUAAUGGAAUACUCAAGCACAUCUAAUAUUGAGAUUUACAAGUGGAAUUAAUUAUAUCUGUUUCAGUGUCUUGACAUCCACAACUUGAAUGAAGUGUUUAUGUGAACAUGCUGAUGGCUGUACAGGGUGAUAUUAGGAUAGCUCAAGCUUACACAUUUACACAGGACGACGAUACAAGGCACGUAUUGUCAACCACUUUGGAGCCAUGGACGUGAUAAUUCUUGUAAAUGCUAGCAUUUGUGGGAGGGAAAAAAAAAUCACUUCUGGGCGUUAAGUGACUCAGAACAGUGACAUCCGCCCAAUGCGUUGGGACAGACUAAUUCAUAUCACAAACACAAUACUCUGUACCGCAACACUCAAGCAUGCCAUGGGAAGCUGUGUGCCUGUUGUCUUGACUCACUGUAGCAAUCUCAUGUAAAUUCUACUUUUGGCUUGUGUCUUUGUGCUACAUUGUAAGUUUUGCAAAUGCUGCCAUAUAACUAUUUUAUGCAAUAACCAAUGGUGACAUAAGAAAGUCUUAAGUUAACUAUGCUUGCUUAUGUAAUCCAGGUGCAACAUUAUUAUAUUGAGUUACAUCUCUAUUGUGCUUCUUAGCGUUCUAUGCCCGCAUGGAUAUACUUCUUGGUCAGCUGACACCUUCCUUGCUUUUAUCUAUGUAUGACUUUUAAUGUAAUUUCUUUGUUUACCAGUUAAUCUUCAGUAAAACGUCACCAGAUGGCAUUGCAUAUUUCAUUGAGAGAGUUCUGUAAAUGGUCUUACAAGUGUUGACCUCACCUCAAAAGCUGUGUGCAGUGUCUGAUCUCACCCCACCUGCAUGGGUGUAAGCAUUGAGGACCUUGCAUCACAUAGUGAGUGAUCUACAUCACUAUUGCACUGUUAUGAUGUUGCAUGCACUGGUGUUUACAAUAUAUCUUUAAAAAGCAUCGCUCUCAAGGGCUUUAAUUCGACAGCCCCAUGGUUAACGUUUUAAAUCAUGCUGUUUUUCAGCAUGUUAAUGCUGAAGUUAAUCGGCAUUGAUGUAAGUAACAUAUGUGAUGUACCACCACAGUAGAUUUCGCUAAAUAAAAUUAAGGCAUCCUAAACUGCA